CGGAAAAUACUUCGGCUGAUGACACCACAUCAGUGACUUUCGAUCGUGUCAGCUCCAGUACAGGCAUUCAUGCCAAUGACACCUUUUCUACCAGUAACUCAACUGACAGGCAGACAAACAAACGACCAAUCGCGUCUGAGAGCUCUCUUGGGUGGACACGACCUCUUCGCGCCAAAGAGGAGCAUAUCCAAAGGAGGACGGGUCAGCAACUAGACGGGCAACAUAGCAGUGCACCGAGCUUGACUCUUAGCAAGGUUGGAAAUGAGGAGGGCCCUCUGGAUAUAAAUGGGACGCCGCCGACCUUUCCUCGCUGGCUUCGUUCUUUUCUUCUUCUUUCCACUAACUCUGCCGACUUGACAUGCAUCUCCGUCUUGUCGUCCAUUUCACCUCUCCAUCAAGCAACAGCAGCAGCAACAACAACAACAACAACAACAACAACAAUAACAUGGAUACGGGUUUGCUUGAUCCUGUCUAUUGGAUUGACUUCAGCCCAACCGAGGAAAAGACUAUGACAGCGGUCGACGAGACAACAUAUCCACAAAACAGUGACAGCAUGUUUGGGACAGAAGAGGUUGCGAGCCCCUAUUUGCCAUGGAGGAUUGAUCAGACUCCAGAGCUCUUUUUCGACUUGGAAGCGUAUUUAUUCGAUUCCCUGCCAAAUACCGAUAUCGUCACGCACUGGCAUUUCGGCCAAAUCUGA